AUGCCCGCUAACAGACACUACAGCCAUAGGCCCCAACCUACAGAGUAUCGACCGUAUCCAUCGCGCACAGAUGGUUACCCUCAACGAUUUGCCACCCCUGCAGAAAGGAGAGGGGGUUGGGACGACCGAAGGCGUUUUCGACAGUACAGUGGCCUCCCGAAGGGUCCAAAGUUUGAGGCGCCGCAAGUUAUUGGAAGGUCGCUCGUGACUUAUGGUGAUCUAUAUCCGGAUAGUUCUGUUGACACGACGGGAAGUAGCUCCUCGCCCAGUAAACGGCCAUCCAAGUCUCUACCAUGGACAAAAGAAGGCCAGGAAAAUAAGCAAAGCCCGCUGAAUGUUGAAAAGAGGUUGGCGUGUAUAAGCCGAGGAAGUGGUGGGGUGACAGACAGUGUGUCGGAUACUGAUUCCAAAAGAUCAACAGAAUCAACCGAAUCAAAGCGAUCAAUCCGGUUGAUCAAACCUGAAGUACAGUCCCAAAUUUCUAAAAGAUACUCGCACUGCGGACCGUCCUCAGAGCUUCAGUUCGAUGGCGAGAUUCCAUAUGUACGGAGCAUCCUCAACCACAUGUGGGAUUCAUUCCAUACGAUUACUGUAUACUGCAUGGGUAUGCUAGAACCUGGAGACAUCAUCUACUAUCUAAGACCAUUCACAGUUCAUCACGAUAGAGUCAGUAAUAGCACUGUCAGGUCGCGCUCUGGCUCCACUGCACUUAUGCAGAUGAAGGGUCGGUUUGGCAUUGUGGUCUCAAAGUUUUCUGAGCAUAUCAAAGUUGCGGACGCAACAACUUUUGGCCAUAGGGGCAUUGAGAAGGCCAAGUCACGGGCAGUUUUCCACGAAUACGUUGGACUUGUCGAGAAGGACUGUUAUGACAAUUCACAGUCUCUGGUGCACCAACCAUUGGAGAUUGAAUCAAUCUGCCACCCCUUCGGCAGUCUAACCUCCGUUCAUCUGGUCACAGAGAAGAUAUCCAUCAGCAAUCAGAUCAUGAUCGCUGGCCACAUUACAUCCGAAUCAUUGACCCGAUUGUGGUCAUUGAUCAGGGAAGUAGAGGAUUCAUGUAUUCAGUGA